CCAUGGUAUGGAGAGGUGUCAAAACAAACUGGGAGCUUGUGUUGGCUGAACCCCGGAGUAACAUCGACCUUUACGCACGGCUCUUAUUUGCAUGCGGCUGAUUCCUAGUUGACAUUGAGGGACUGGUCCUCCUGAGUGAGACUCUUGCUUACCAAUGAUGGCUUUCACUAUGCUGAGGCCGGUGUCCACUCAUCCCUUCUCUUACCCCGCUGACCUGACCAUAAUGUCGGACGAUGAGGAGGGGAGCCGCAGCGAGAGCGACGGCAGCACCGACCAGGGCUACGACUGCUGCGGGACUCCGGUGGAGGGUUACCGGCGGGAGUCCGGCGGCGUGGUGGUGCGUCAGCGGAACGCCGCCAACGCCAGAGAGAGACACCGGACCCAGAGCGUGAACUCGGCCUUCACGGCUCUGCGGACACUUAUCCCCACGGAGCCGGUAGACAGGAGGCUGUCCAAGAUCGAGACCCUGCGCCUGGCGUCCAGCUACAUCUCGCACCUGGCCAACGUGCUGGUGGUGGACGGCAGGGAGGACGGUCAGCCGUGUCUCAGCGCUGUCUACAAGGAGCUGAAGGGGAGUGGAGGGGGCAAGAAGCCCAGGACCAUCUGCACUUUCUGCCUCAGCAACCAACGGAAAGGGGUGACGGACAGAAGAGACUGUGUGAAAAUGCAUGGGCACAGCCGGAGACAAAUGAGUCGGUGAUGGAACUGUUUGACCUGGAGCAGGCGUGGAUCUUCUCUUCCUGCAAGCAGAAUCUGUAAAAGUCUAUAGAGUCAUUUCAGAAUGACAGCAGUCUCAAUGGAGCACUCUUUUUGGGAGUUUGGUCUCUUAGAUGUAUGAGAUAGAAGGUUUGGCACCAAAACCAUCUGUGUUUUGCCAGCAGAUGAAGAAACUCUUUCCAUUGUGAUAAGGUCAUGGGGGGAUAUUGUAAAACUGAGAAAAGUGUAGAGUAAAGCUGCUAUUGUAUAUGGUCAUGGAUGUUUUUUUUCAUAUUAUUACAAAAUCUGCUGAGCAUUUUAUGAUCACUGGUUAAUAAAGAUAAAUAGAAAUUCUACACAUUCAGUGAUCUUUGAGAGAAGGAACUUUCUUGCUCUGAGUCUCGAAACAUAGCAUUCCUAUUUACACAGGAAUUGUGUAACAUCACAAAGAGUUUUGCACAUGGGCCAUAGGAUAGUCAAUAUAACCUGCUGUCGAUUACUGAAAGGUUCAUAAUCACACAGUACUGUGGAUUAAACCAGUAACCAAUAACAUAUUAUUUAGUUAUCCAAUAAUGCAAAUUCAAAACAGUAGAAUUUGACAUUUACAUAAGGUAAAUAGUUAUUUUAAUAUGUAAGUGCUUUUUCAUGACAAUGUUGUAAUGUACUUUGAAAUUAAAUCUAUUUUUACACAGA